CGACACCCUCGUCACGACGAUACUAACGAGCCUACGACACAGUUCUCAUGUUUGCGCGCCAUUGAUAUAUUUCUUACAGUAAUACUACACGGCCGACGUCAUGGUUUUCACUCCGCGCAAGCGCGCCGCACCCACAGCAACGUUCGACAACACCUGGAACGAAACCAAUGCGGCAUUCCUCGACCCAAAUGCUCUACCAGUUUCCAAAAUACCGCGAGGAUGGGAGAGGAAACAAGAAGUAAAGAGGGUGGGCGAAGGAAAGGAGAAGAAGAUUUGGCGCAGAUUCAAUCUUCGGUCGCGUGCCGACGACACACCACAGGAGGCAGAAGAUGAAGAGGAACGAGACGCGCGUUCAAGACCUGUAAAGAGGCGGCAACACAUGAGCCCAAAGGCAAUGGAGAAGUCUACCAGCAGACUUGGUGGCAAGAAGCGCGCGUUCAAAGCGACGCGCUGGGACCGCAGGAAGAGCGUUUUACCAAGAAAGAGAGCGACCCAGAUCGAGGACCCCGUGGUCGGCGCAAACGAGGAAGCCGACAGUGAAGAGGAGGGAGAUAGUGCUCAUACCGUGGAAGGCGAGGAUAGCGUCAACGAGACAGACACGAACAUAAUCGAACAAACGGAAUCAUUAGGAGAUCUACCUCCUGCGCAACAGGAGAACUCGACUUUCACGUUCGCAGUAGACGCGCCGACAGCCGAAACCCCCGAUUACGAGAUCACAGAUCGCGACCAAGAAGAAGAGGAAGCAGAGUCCACACAAGACGCAACGCUUGCGAAGCUAUUCCGCUCGCCACUCAAGGAGCAACCGAAUGUUUUGAACGCGUCGCCGGACAAGGUCGAAUACCCCGAACUUCCUCUGAGCGACAACUUGGAAGCAGGAGCAGAGACGGCUAUGACUGAGAUUGCAUCCACCGAGAUGAUCAGCAAUGUCGCAGAGGAGACAAAUACAGAGGAAACAACCUCCGUGGGUGGAGGACUCCGAGAGAAUGUUGAGAUCCCAGACGAGGUUGUCAAGCAACAAGACGAGACCAUGCAUGAAGAGGCGGACCCAGUUUCAGAGACACCAGAGCCGGUGACACAGCUCCAGUACCCAGCGUUGCCGUUGGAAGAUACUACGACUUCGCCGCUACCAGCGCUCGACGAAGACGUUGAGUUAUCUGAGGUUGAGCUAGGCACACCGACAGAUGCAGUUCAGAAGGAAGAUAUUAUCAACUCCCCUGAAGCGGUCGACCGUGAAGACGAGUUCACGGAAGCUUCUUUGCAGCUGAACAUAUUGCGGGAUUAUCAAGCAGCGCUUCAAGAGCACAAUCUUGCGCCUACACCAGUUCAGUCAGAGUCCAACGAGCUUGAGCAAGAAGAGACGGACCAUGAUAUGCGGCCUGAGGAAGAACUAGCCUCCCUUGAGGCUCUUCAGUUCCCUGCCCAGGACCUUGACAUGGCCGACGCGCCUGCCGCAACAUCUGUAGACAUCGCCGAUGGACUGACAUUCUCGUUCACACCCAGCAAACCACAGUCGCCCGCUCCACGCAGACUACAUUCGCCUCCGCCCCCACCACGUCCUGUAUCUGGACCUGACGAUGUCACAAUGACGGUCGCUUUCGAUGAUGACACCGCCAUCCUCAAGGACUUCCUGACUCGUGCUGCCGCAAGCAAGGCUGAGAAGGCGGCUGUCACUACACACAAGAGAGAAUCUCUACAGAAUCGACGAGACUCAGAUAUCAUCAAACACGCCCUAGCCUCGCCCCGCAAGGUGCUUGAAGAGAAGGAUCCCAACUCACCCACUAAGCAGCACACCGAGUUGACGCUAGAUCUAUCACAAACGCUCACACUAGCCAAGCCAGAUGAUAAGCUUCCAUCACCUGACCCCGGCGCGACAGAGACCCAAACCGCAGAAGAGAAGAGCGAACAAGGAUCAAGACGUUCUGCACGAGCAAAGAAGACAAGACUACCCACCCCCGCAUCGCUCGGACCAGCACCAGCACCCAAGAUCAACAUCCGCCGUGCUGACGGCAACGAAGUCGUCGUACUCAAGAAGGACGACGCAAAAGUCCUCGCCGACAUGACACGCAACAACACGCGCAAGAACAAACAAGGCGCCUUCUGCGUCACCGUCCGACUCAUGAAGCUCGCCAUGGACGCAUCCAGUCUCCCUCCCCUCGACGACUCUACCAAAGAACUCGUCGUCGGCAAGAACGUCCGCUGGGACGAAACACUGGCAUACUACCAAGAGAACCCGGAGACCCUCGCCAACGCUCUAGCCGAUGCAGAGUCCCUAGCCACCCCAGACGAACUCGGCAUGUCGGACUCCACCCCCGAGCCCAAGAAGAAGAAGGAAAAGACUAGUAAGACGUCCACACCCAAAAUACGCAGAGUACGCGGUCUGGGCACUACGAACGGCACGCCUGGAAAGGGUCUACUGGCACCUACCAGUCUCCUCCCGGAAGCCGUUCAAGAAGAAAAGGCUGCGACGCAGGAGCAACAAUCUUCGAAACCGAAGUCGACUAAAGUCAAGAAGAUGGCCGUUGCCUCCUCCACUUCUUCCACCCCCACAUCCACCUCUACACCAACAUCAACAUCAACAUCCCUAAACAGCAGUCUCUCCUCCAGCACAACAGACACCAAACUCCCUUCUCUCGACGUCGCACCCGUAGGCGUCCAACGCAAGAGCCGGCUUGCUGCGCCGAAAAAGGUGGUUCUACCGCAAACAUCUUCUUCUGCCAAGGCGGGCGAUAAGGAGAAUGUGAGUAGAGUGGGCAUGAGCGAUGCGACGCCUAAGAAGGGGUUGGUCGCGCCUAAGGUGGUCAUUCCGCCGAGUGUGACGACGGCGAGUGUGGGAGUAGAGAGUGGCUUACCGAGACGGAGAGGGCGGAAGUAUUAGCUAUGUGAGUGAAGUGGGGUUGUGAUGUUUUGAGUGUAUCUUUCAUGAUGUUCUAUACCACUUUGCCUUGCUGGGAUCAUUUAUGCAUAUACAGGUGUUUUUAGCGGUGGCGUUUGGUAGGCAUGGGCAUUUACAUGGGGCCAGUAU